AUGUCACUUUUCAUGAGACUAGUUACAGCAGCUUUGGCUACUGCUGUUGCGAUACCUUUGGCUGCUGCACAGACAUACAGCAGCUGUAAUCCUCUGAAUGGGACAUGUCCUGCCGAUCCUGGUCUGGCGAACUAUACCUUCUAUACAGACUUCACUGUCGGUGACUCGGCUUUUGAGUUCUGGAAUACGACUGCUGGGACUGUCCAUAGUACAUCUCAAGGUGCUGCAUUCACCAUCAAUAAAGAAGGAGACUCCCCAACUAUACAGACAGCAUUCUAUUUCUUCUUUGGACACGUUGAUGUCAAAAUGAAAGUUGCCAACGGCACGGGUAUUGUCAGCAGCGUAGUAUUCUUGUCGGACGAUCUCGACGAGAUUGACUGGGAGGGAAUUGGUACAUAUAACUAUGAAAUCGAAACCAACUACUUUGGCAAGGAUAACACUACAAGCUACGACCGCGCGACGUAUCCCAAUGUCACUACUCCAUGUGAUACGUUCCACACAUAUAGUGUCGACUGGACUACGGAGCAGAUCCAGUGGUUCAUUGACGGGGACCUCAAACGCACACUUGCAUACAACGAUGCACUCAACGGAGCAAACUUCCCGCAGACGCCCAUGGUGCUCAAACUCGGCAUCUGGGCUGGCGGUGACCCCAGCGAAGGCGAAGGUACUAUCGAAUGGGCCGGUGGCGAGACGGAUUUCAAUGAUGCUCCUUUCACGAUGUAUGUUGAGUCGGUCAACAUUACCAACUACUAUCCCGCCGAGUCCUACACCUACGGCGACACUACUGGCGCUUAUACUAGUAUUGCCUUGUCGAACUCAACCAGCAAUAGCCAGUCCAGCGUGACAACAUCGACGACAAAGAAUGGAAGUAGUACAACCAUACUCGUUUCAGACACUACUAGUUCAAACACCACGAGUUCAGACACCACCAGCUCAAACACCACCGGUUCAAACGCUACCAGUUCAAGCACUUCGAGUUCAAAAACUUCGUCGUCUUCCGCUUCAGCCAGCUCCUCAGCUGUUAUUUCUACUGCCAGUGCUGAAGCUGCAGGGUUGGCGAUAAGUCCUGUAACUAUCAUCUCGGCUGUUGUCUUGUCCUUGUUCGUGUAA